GCAGCUGUUUCGUUGUUCUCUCUGAGCUAAAGACUAACAACAGCUAAUAGCUAACAGCACAGACCUUCAAAGCCGCACAAACCGCGGAGAUGUGUGUGAAAAGAGGCGGUUUCGCUCCACACACGGGUCCGGGACUGUGACACCUCUCCCGUGACUCAGCUGGGGCUGUUCGGCCGUGGGACUCCGGGGUUAAACCUCAUUUCUGCGGCUCUUGUCCGAGCAGAAGCGGUAGCAUCAGGGUAGCAUCGUUAGCAUAUUAGCGUCAGAUUAUUGUUAUGAGUCAAAGUUAUAUUUAUAAUUUCGCAGUAUUUUGCUUUAAUCACCCUUAGUCCUGGAGCAAAAUGUGUCAGGGCUACGACUGAACCUAGUGUUAUUUAUCUGUUAUUUGUCUUUAAACGUACAAUAGUAUUUAUUUUCACAAUAAGCUAAGAUAACGUUAGCACUGUCCGUGUUUGGAUCCGCCACAUUUCAGAUUCUUUGUGUUUGAGUGAUCCUUUGUCCGUGUGCAGAGUCUAGCCUCAGUCUGGUCCUGGUCUUGGUCUUGAUCCUGGUCUUGGUCCUGGAGCUUUGGCAGUGUGUUUGUUUCACUCUGUCCCUUCAGUGUCCUGAUCAGCUGUUAACUUCAAUAUGUGUAUUGUAUUUUUCAGUCCACUUGUACAAACCUUAUUUAUUUAAUUUAUUUAGUAAAUAUUUAGUGUUUAAGUUUGUUACAGUGUAGUUAAAGCUAAGCUUUAGAGUGGGGGGAUUAGUCGUUAUAACUAAACCCGGUCCGGACCCGCAUUUGCCCGUUUUUGGUGGACUUUUCACGGUGUCUUGAUGCCCUGAUCCUCAGCUGUCUGAUGCCUCUGGACUCCUCUCCUCUUCUUCAUCGCUGAAACAUGUCUCUGAAAGCUGGGGUUCACCUGGCACUCCACAUGCUCCUGCUGCUCCCAGGGUGUGCCGCAACGUCUCAGAGAGAUGAAAAUGUCUACGUGUCUGGGAUCACCAACGCCUGCAGUGAGAUGUUGCCGCUACGCUCCUCCUCUGGUCUGGUUUCCAGUCCUGGAUGGCCUUUCCAGUAUCCAUCUAAAGUGAACUGCAGCUGGAAUAUCCGAGCGCAUCCUGGGGACACAGUCACCAUCAGUUUUCUGGACUUCUCACUGCAGUCGUCUCAGCGCUGCUCCUCAGAUUUCCUCCUCAUCGACGGACUCAGACUGUGUGGCUCCAGCAAACCUGCUCCUUAUACCUCCAAUACCAACCAGGUGUCUAUCCACUUUCACUCUGAUGGAGCAGUAAGUGCAAAGGGCUUCAGACUGGAGUACAGCUCAGGUCGUCCCUCCUCAUCCUCCUGCGCUCCGGAUCAGUUCCAUUGCUCUUCUGGUCGCUGUGUUCCUGAGUCAUGGAGGUGUAAUUCUCAGGACGAGUGUGGCGAUGGUUCAGAUGAAGAGCUGUGUGUCGAUUCCUUCACUCCCUGCUCCUUCAGCCAGUUCCCCUGUGUGUCCCGCUACACCCGAAUCUACACUUGUCUGCCCCAAAGCUUAAGGUGUGACGGGAGCAUUGACUGUCAGGACCUGAGUGAUGAGGUGGACUGUGAGGUUCCGUUUUGUGGAGAACGUCUGAAGAACUUCUUUGGUUCCUUCAGUUCUCCAAACUACCCUGACUUCUACCCGCCAGGCUCCAACUGCACCUGGCUCAUUGACACUGGGGACCACCGCAAGGUGAUCCUGCGGUUCACAGACUUUAAACUGGAUGGGACCGGGUUUGGGGACUUUGUGAAGGUCUUCGAUGGUCCAGACGAGAACCCGAGGCGUCUCCUCAGAGUCCUGACAGCACUGGACUCCAGGGGCCCCCUGGUGGUCGUAUCCUCCUCUGGACAGCUACGAGUUCACUUCUAUGCCGACAAGAUUAACGCGGCACGAGGGUUCAAUGCCACGUACCAGGUAGAGGGUUUCUGUCUGCCCUGGGAGCUUCCAUGUGGAGAUGGUUUUGGCUGCUACAGUUCAUCCAAUCGCUGCGAUGGAUUCUGGCACUGCCCAAAUGGUCGGGACGAGUCGAACUGCUCCUGGUGCCAACAGAACGAGUUUCCCUGCUCCAGGAACGGAGCGUGUUACCCCCGAUCGGACCGCUGCAACUACCAGAACCGCUGCCCAAAUGGGUCAGAUGAGAAAAACUGUUACAGUUGCCAGCCAGGCAACUUCCACUGCAAGAAUAACCGGUGUGUGUUUGAGUCUUGGGUUUGCGAUGCUCAGGACGACUGUGGCGACGGCAGCGAUGAAGAGGCGUGUCCUGUUACUGUGCCGACCAGAGUCAUCACAGCGGCGGUCAUUGGCUCACUCAUUUGUGGCCUCCUAUUGGUCAUUGCACUCGGCUGCACCUGCAAACUCUACUCUUUGCGCAUGUUCGAACGCAGGUCUUUUGAGACGCAGUUGUCCCGCGUGGAAGCGGAGCUUCUGAGGAGAGAGGCUCCACCCUCUUACGGUCAGCUGAUUGCUCAGGGUCUGAUCCCUCCCGUGGAGGACUUUCCCGUCUCUUCUGGGAACCAGGCCUCUGUCUUGGAGAACCUUCGCCUAGCCGUGCGUUCUCAGCUUGGGUUCCCCUCUCUGCGGUUCUCACGGCGGUCCUCAUGGGGGCGCUGGUUUUCGUCGCGGCGCCGGUCGUCUGUGGCGCUCGUGUCAUCGGAGCUGGAGGCAGGGCGUCUCCAUGGCGAUGGCUCUGAGGGGGCGGAGCCUCUGCUGCAGGAAGCGGAACCAGAGGGUGCAGUGGGCGGAGCCAUACAGAAGGUUCCCGUGGAAGCAACAACACUGUCAUCGGCACAGACGGCGCCAACGGCCCCAACGCAGCGCCUCAGCUGGCCAUUGGACUCAGGCUCUGUGUCGGCUGCAGCUCUGCAGCGACUUGCCUCAAACCUGCAGCGGCUCCUGAACCCUGACCGUCACCGUGGCAACGAGCCUCCUCCCCGUCGCCAUGGAGACGGACCAGAGCGUCACCUUGGCGAUGCCACAGAGCCUCAGCAUCAGCGCGGCAAUGGAACCUGCCAUCGCUGUGGCAAAGUGCACACGGGAGCCCCAGAAACCUGCUCCCAACCAGGACCAAACCAGGAACCAAACCACAGUCCGAGUCUGACAGACCAGAGCCUGAGCCAGGACCUGGGACUGAGCCAGGACCUGGGACUGAGCCAAGACCUGGGACUGAGCCAAGACCUGGGACUGAGCCAAGACCUGGGACUGAGCCAAGACCUGGGUCUGAACCAGGACCAGAGCCGAGAGAGCAGUGACGAUGAACUUCUGCUGCUCUAGAAACAAAAUCAAGAACUAACCCAACUUGAUGAGGGCACGCAGAGUCGUGUCCUCCUUCUAUCCAACUGUCCCUCUGCUCAUGUCCAGUUAUGUCCAAACCUACUCUGCUCCUCUGCCUCUGCUCCUCGUCAGGUUAAAUCUUUUUGUGAUGUCACUACUCCCCAGCUGAACCGGCCAAUCACGGACGAUGUACGAAGAACUGUCCAAUAGCGGUACAAGGCUUGAAUCACGUGAAGCACAACCCCCUCCCUCACAGUGCUGACGGGUCUCUGGUCGGUCUGGGGUCUGAGUUGGGUCUUGAGUCAGUCUGGUGUGGAUUCUUGGUUGGUCCAGACUUUAACCCUUAGCAAACAUGUGCCCUCUGGUGGUAGUUAGUUUAAGGCCAUUGUUUCUGGAGAUCAGAUUUAAAGUGUCUGUGACAGGUUAGACUACUAAUUUUUCUAAAACACAGUUAAGAUCAUAGAUCAUUAUAUUCAAGAUUUCAUGCUUGUUUUCCCAAUUUGGCCAUUUUUAGGUUUCAAAUUUUACUUCCUGGAAAAUUGUGAUGUCACACUAGGGAAUUCCAUAAUGUUACCUAGCAACCAUGUUUACACAGGGCCAAAAGCCCUAUCUGUCCUCUCAUAGAAAUGAUGAUCUGACAAAUAAAAAUCUAAGAAAACACCUUUAUUUUGUUGAAAGUAUCAGAAAAAUGUUUCAUUUGUGCAAAUUGUACUGAACUUUGGACAGAAUUUCCCAAGUGUGAUGUCAUUUGUCUCUACUUUCUGUAAUUUUCAACAUAUUUUUCAACUUUACAAAUUGCUUCUUGAUUGGUGUAAAACUAUAAUUUAUAUUUACAACUGUCAAAUUUAGAGAAUCAUCAAAACCUGUCAUGCGCACUUUAAACCCUGAUAUUUCACAUUCCAAAGUCCAGCACCAAAAGUUAAAAAAUAUUCACCCAUAUUUGGAACACACUGCUCUUUUUCAAUGAUGGAGAACCUACAGAACCAGAACCUCGAAGAACCCGGUCUAAAACCUGGACUAAAUCUGGUUUUGGUCUUAUUUAUUGCAGACUUGUUUGUUGUUUCCUGUUGUUUUGUUGAUGUGCUUUCUGCAUGAUCGAAGAUGGUCGAUGGUUGGAUUUUCCUUUACGUCUGAGACAAAAAGAUUAAAAUAUUUCCUGUGUCUCUUGUGG